CGCUGCAUUACUGACUUAUAUCACAGGUGACCUGGUUGGACCUGCUGUGUGACUAUCGCCGGCUGCAGUCGCCUCUUCGCCGUGUGCUUGGUUAGUCUGGCUGUGUAGAGAACUCUUCGGUGUGGUAGUUGGCCAGUCAUGGUUCUUCUGGUUGUGUUGGGUAGCCUGCUCCAGCUGCUGCUACUGCGGCCGUGUGUGGGCCAGUUUCCCCGGCCCUGCGCCAACACAGAGGCACUGCGGACCAAGCAGUGCUGCCCGGUCUGGGAGGGGGACGGGUCGGCAUGCGGAGCCACAUCGGGCCGGGGGUUCUGUCAGGACGUGAUGGUAUCGGAGGAGCCCCACGGGCCACAGUACCCACACACUGGGAUAGACGACCGGGAACGGUGGCCGCUGGCCUUCUACAACCGCACAUGCCAGUGUGCAGGAAACUAUGGGGGUUUCGACUGUGGAGAGUGCAGGUUCGGCUACUUCGGAAACGGGUGCGCCGAGCAGCGGGAGUCCGUAAGGAGGAACAUACUCUCGCUGUCGGUGGCGGAACAGCAGCGGUUCAUCGCCUACCUGAACUUGGCCAAGAACACCGUAGCCGCCGACUACGUCAUUGUCACGGGAACUCGCGCUGAGAUGGGUGCAAAUGGGGAAAAGCCGAUGUUUUCUGACGUGAGUGUGUACGACCUGUUUGUGUGGAUGCACUACUACGUGUCCAGGGACGCAUUGCUGGGGGGACCAGGAAAUGUUUGGCCGGACAUCGAUUUUGCGCACGAGUCGGCGGCGUUCCUGCCAUGGCACCGAGUGUUCCUGCUGCACUGGGAGCACGAGAUCAGGAAGAUAACGGGGGAUUUUAACUUCACCAUCCCUUACUGGGACUGGCGGGACGCCACAGACUGUACGGUGUGCACCGACAACCUGAUGGGUGGGCGGAGCCCGCUUAACCCAAAUCUCAUCAGCCCCGCCUCUGUAUUCUCUUCAUGGAAGGUAAACAAACGCAUGUGACACAGGUAGAGUGAUGUGAACAGUAGUGUGUGUGUGUGUACACCAUGUGACAUCAUUGAAUCAUGCACCAAAGAGCCUGGAGCUGUGAUACACCCUGAUCACACUGAUGACUACUCCUAACUAGGGCCAAACUCCGGCCUGGGAAUACCAAGAUUACAAUAUGAGGUCACAUUCUAAACCUCUCAUCUAGAUAAGCGCCUGAGGGCAAAUCUCAAAUAAUACCUCUCAACCAAAGCCUCCUUCCUGUGUGAUUUGAGACCCAGCCUGAGAGAGUUCUACUUAAUUCAGAGCAGAGGAAUGGCAGGGGAAAUAGUGUAUAAUCUGUGUAUAGUCUGUUUAUAGUCUGUGUAUAGACUGUUUAUAGUCUGUGUAUGGUCUGUGUAUAGUCUGUGUAUAGUCUGUGUAUAGUCUGUGUAUAGUCUGUGUAUAGUCUGUGUAUGGUCUGUGUAUAGUCUGUUUAUAGUCUGUUUAUAGUCUGUGUAUAGUCUGUGUAUGGUCUGUGUAUAGUCUGUUUAUAGUCUGUUUAUAGUCUGUGUAUAAUCUGUGUAUAGUCUGUGUAUAGUCUGUGUAUAGUCUGUGUAUAGUCUGUGUAUGGUCUGUGUAUAGUCUGUGUAUAGUCUGUUUAUAGUCUGUGUAUAGUCUGUGUAUGGUCUUGUGUAUAGUCUGUUUGCUGGUCUGUGUUAUAGUCCUUGGGGUGGGGGGUGUGGUGGUAUAGUCUGUGUAUAUAGUCUGUGUAUAGUCUGUGUAUGGUCUGUGUAUAGGGGGGAUCUCUGACACAGCUAAUGUUGUGUGUCUUGUUCAGACACAUGGUUCAUUUAACACAGCAGAUGUACAGGUAAUGUGGGUUAUUUUAUCAGAACCAGAGAGCAGAGAGAGAGAGAGAGAGAGAGAGAGAGAGAGAGAGAGAGAGAGAGAGAGAGAGAGAGAGAGAGAGAGAGAGAGAGAGAGACAUAUAAAUAGAGCGAGAGAGUGAGCGAGUCUGUGUAUGUGUGCAUGCCUGUGUGUACCUGUGUGUACCUGUGUAUACCUGUGUGUACCUGUGUGUACCUGUGCAGGAGAGUAUGCAUCCAGAAAGAGAGGAGUACAACAGCAGGUGUGUAUACUGUAUGUCUGUGCUGUAUUGUAACAUGACGGUGUGUGUGUACCUACCUGCGCAGGUGAUCUGUACCCAGCCAGAGGAGUACAACAGCAGAGCAGCACUGUGUCCCGGGACAGGGGAGGGGCCUCUGCUGCGCAACCCUGGUAACCACGACACUAACCGUGUGAGGCGUCUGCCCACCUCGGCCGACGUGGAGUUUGUGGUGGGUAUAGAGACUUACGAGACAGGAGCCAUGGACCGCCAAGCCAACAUGAGCUUCAGGAACUCCCUGGAGGGUAGGUAGACACUCACUCAGACAUAGGCCGCCAUUUUGACUUCUAUACACACCCUCACAGUUCAAACAUCACUCCCUAUAUUUUCAGUGGGAUCUUCUCCUUUAGUGAUGUGUAUGAGAAGGUGGUGCUUAUUUGUGCAAGUAAACGUGUGUGUGUGUGUGUGUGUGUGUGUGUGUGUGUGUGUGUGUGUGUGUGUGUGUGUGUGUGGGUUUAGGUUUCGCCAGUCCUGAGACGGGGAUGGCUAUAACAGGACAGAGUACGAUGCACAACGCCCUCCACGUCUUCAUGAAUGGAUCCACACACAGACACAGACAGCCAGCACAACGCACCACCAUCUCCUGCUGUCAACUGCACACUUCCUGGACAGGUGACAACACAACACACACUACACACCACUACACAACCACAACACAGCAAGCCCACACACCCACUAACAACCCCCGUUGACAACCAAUAAAGCAGGCCCACGUUGACAAACCCAAACUAAGCAAGCCCACGUUGACAAACCCAAACUAAAGCAAGCCCACGUUGACAAACCCAAACUAAAGCAAGCCCACGUUGACAAACACGAACUAAAGCUAAAUUGGCUUCCAAUUUAUAAGCAUACAAAAUUAAAUCAAUUGCAUUUCUAAAGGCUAAAGUCAUUUGUUCACCUCACCAUAUAAUUAGAGAACGAGAGAGAGAGAGGGUUACGUAGAUACUAUACAGAAGAAGAGAAGAGAGGGGGGAGGAAAGAGAAAGGGGGAGGGGGGAGUUAGCUGGGUAGGGAGGGAGAGUGAUAGGAUGAGUGCAGGAGAGGUAUGAGGGUGAGGACUUCGGAGGUAUGUUUUGUGCCUUUUUAUUGCUUUCUCUCUUCUCGCAUACUUAAAGACUAAGCCUAGUUCUCGUCGAUCGAGAGUUAGCAUCUCUGCGCUAUCUUGUCUCUUCUGCCCUCUCCUCUAUGCCUACUGCGCUAUCGUCCUCCUUACCAUCUAGCCUCCAGAUACGUCCCAGAGAGCGUAUAUGACUAUCCCUACCUUUGUCUCUUUUUUACAUCCUGGGACGUGGCUGCAUAAAUGCCAAAGCCAUUCGUCAAUUUCCAUCUAAGAGAGAACGUCCCCAAGAGAGGGAGAAUAUAAAUCAACUGAUAGAUAUUAAUAGGGCCAUACAAAAAAACCUACUCUGCCACAGUAUAACAAUAACAAUAAUAAAAGCAGCAAGUAACUGUGGUAAAAUAAAACAAAUAUUUCUCUGCACCCUCUCCUCUCCUCUGUUCCCGUCCUAUUCCCCUCUCUUCUCUCCUCUGUCCUUAUUCCUCAUCCUAUUCCUCUCUCAUUCCCUCUCCUCUCCUCUCCCGUCCUAUUCCCUCCUUCUCUCUCUCCUCUGCUCCCAUCUUUCCCCUCCUCUCCUCUCCAGUCUCUUCCCUCUAUCCCUCCCUCCUAUUCCCCCUCUCCUCUCCUCUGCUCCGCUAUUCCUUCCUCCCUCGCUCCGUUCCUAUCCCUCUCUUCUCUCCUCUAUCUCCCUCCUAUUCCCCUCUAUCUCUCCCUGCUCAACUCCGUCCUAUUCCCCCUCUCCUCUCCUCUGCUCCCGUCCUAUUCCCCUCUCUUCUCUCCUCUGCUCCCGUCCUAUUCCCCUCUCCUCUCCUCUGCUCCCGUCCUAUUCCCCUCUCUCUCUCCUCUGCUCCCGUCCUAUCCCCCAUCUCUCUCCGUGCACCCGUCCUAUUCCCUCCUCCUCUCCCUCUGCUCCCUCCUAUUUCCCAACCUCUCUUCUCUCUACUGCUCCCGUCCUGAUUCCCCCUCUCCUCUCCUCUACCCACCCUCUCCUCCUGUGUUAAUCCCCUCCCUGUCUACCUCCCAGCUAGUCAUUAACGAGAGGGAAGGGAGGAGAAAACGGCCGCCGCGCCGAAAUACACGAGUCAACAACGCACGCCAGAUUGUCGAAGAACGAUGAGUACUAGAAUGUUUCCUAUCAUUCCUGCUUUACCGCAACGGUGACUCUCCUGGCACAGUCCUCGCUCGUAAUCUCCUACUGCUUGAUCCGUCUAUCCAUGAAACUAUCAUAUCUCUCCUCUCUCAGAAGAGUCCCAACGUCCCAGCAUUUACCUCUGAUAGCGAAGUCUCCAUACCUUCUCUACAUCACCUCUCUCUCUCUCUAUUCCUUGCUAGAUCUCCUCUACUCUCUCUCUACGUCUCGUUCCUCGUCUUCUCUCUCUCUCUCUCUCUCUCUCUCUCUCUCUCUCUCCUCUCUCUCUCUCAUCUCUCAGGCACGAGGUUUGUCCAGGAGUUCCUGACUCCCUACAUGCAGGAGGCUCAGCUGAUCUGGCAGUGGCUCCUGGGUGCAGGACUCAUCGGGGCCAUCCUGGCAGGAAUUGCCAUGACGACCGUGGCCCUGUUUGUCAGGAGGCAGAGCCAGAACAGGAAGAGGAAGUCGACUUCAUCCUUCGGGGAGAGACAGCCCCUCCUACAUAGCAGCUCAGAGGAAGGAUCAGGGACCUCCUACCAGACCACACUGUAACACACACACACACUAAGACACACACUAAGACACACACGUGCGUGCACACACACACACACAAAACACAUACACACACAAUAAGACACACACACAAUCACACACGCAUACACAUACACACACACUAAGACACACACACACACUAAGACACACACACACACUCCAGAGACAUUUCAUUCCAAGAUGCCUCAUUCUGCUGCUCUGAUCUGGGGGAUAAAUCUGACACAUAUCAAGCAAUAACCAAGAGCUAUUUAUUAGGAAGAUGUUCAGUGACAAACGUGAAAUGAUAAAUCAUAUUAAAGUCCAACUGCAGUCCAGUCCUGAGUCACGUUCAGAACCGACAACUCUACAGUCAAACUGUAUGGAACAGGUAUUUGGGUCUGUUGGUGCAGGUUUUGUUACCACUCAGUGCUGUCUACGGGUCCCAGUCCCCAUUCCCUCCCCUAUUCCCCCUGUCAUGGAGAUGCUGGUGCUAUGGGGGUGUUGUACUGUGUACUGUAUGAUACUGUGUACUGUUGAUACUGUGUACUGUAUGAUACUGUGUACUGUAUGAUACUGUGUACUGUAUGAUACUGUGUACUGUAUGAUACUGUGUACUGUUGAUACUGUGUACUGAAUUAUACUGCGUACUGUAUUAUACUGUGUACUGUAUGAUACUGUGUACUGUAUGAACUGUGUACUGUAUGAUACUGUGUACUGUUGAUACUGUGUACUGAAUUAUACUGUGUACUGUAUGAUACUGUGUACUGAAUUAUACUGUGUACUGUUGAUACUGUGUACUGUAUGAUACUGUGUACUGUUGAUACUGUGUACUGAAUUAUACUGUGUACUGUAUGAUACUGUGUACUGAAUUAUACUGUGUACUGUUGAUACUGGUUACUGUUGAUACUGGUUACUGUUGAUAACUAUGCCACUAUGAGAACCAGAGGAUAAAUUAAUAACAAUAUACAUUUCAUUUGUAUAUGGUGCAUUAAAUCCGUCUUGAUUAAAUGUGUGUGUCCGGGAUAGUUGUGGCUUGACUGGCUGUGGAAAGACAACAAGUUGGCAGAAAUAGACAGUGGAAACAUGUCUAAUCAUGUAGUUAACAUGGAGUAAAUAGUUCUGUAUAAAAAACUAUUUGAAUCAGGGUUGUGCUUUGCUCUCAUCAAAACAAUCCAACAUCCAAAAGAACAUUCUUCAGAAACAAUAAAAUAUAUAUAUAUUUCUUCAACACUUAAUCAAUGGUAAAUGUAUAUGGUUUGGUAAAGUAUAUACAUGUAGCUGUUUUGAUGUUGAGUCUUAAAUGUGACACAUUAGAGACAUCAGAAAUAUACAGAAAUGGUGACAUCCCUGCAGAAAUACUCUCAUAGAAAAGUACAGUCGUGGUCAAAAAGUUUUGAGAAUGACACAAAUACUAAUUUUCACAAAGUCUGCUGCCUCAGUUUUGAUGAUGGCAAUUUGCAUAUACUCCAGAAUGUCAUGAAGAGUGAUCAGAUGAAUUGCAAUGAAUUGCAAAGUCCCUCUUUGCCAUGAAAAUGAACUUAAUCCCAAAAAAACAUUUCCACUGCAUUUCAAACCCUGCCAAAAAAGGACCAGCUGCCAUCAUGUCAGUGAUUCUCUCGUUAACACAGGUGAGAGUGUUGACGAGGACAAGGCUGGAGAUCACUCUAUCAUGCUGAUUGAGUUAGAAUAACAGACUGGAAGCGUUAAAAGGAGGGUGGUGCUUGAAAUCAUUGUUCUUCCUCUGUUAACCAUGGUUACCUGCAAGGAAACACGUGCCGUCAUCAUUGCUUUGCACAAAAAGGGCUUCACAGGCAAGGAUAUUGCUUCUAGUAAGAUUGCACCUAAAUCAACCAUUUAUCGGAUCAUCAAGAAAUUCAAGGAGAGAGGUUCAAUUGUUGUGAAGAAGGCAUCAGGGCGCCCAAGAAAGUCCAGCAAGCGCCAGGACCGUCUCCUAAAGUUGAUUCAGCUGCGGGAUCGGGGCACCACCAGUGCAGAGCUUGCUCAGGAAUGGCAGCAGGCAGGUGUGAGUGCAUCUGCACGCACAGUGAGGUGAAGACUUUUGGAGGAUGGCCUGAUGUCAAGAAGGGCAGCAAAGAAGCCACUUCUCUCCAGGAAAAACAUCAGGGACAGACUGAUAUUCUGCAAAGGGUACAGGGAUUGGACUGCUGAGGACUGGGGUAAAGUCAAUUUUCUCUGAUGAAUCCCCUUUCUGAUUGUUUGAGGCAUCCGGAAAACACCUUGUCCAGAUAAGACAAGGUGAGCGUUACCAUCAAUCCUGUGUCAUGCCAACAGUAAAGCAUCCUGAGACCAUUCAUGUGUGGGGUUGCUUCUCAGCCAAGGGAAUUACAUUUUUACAUUUCACUCAUUUAGCAGACGCUCUUAUCCAGAGCGACUUACAUCUUUCUUUUUUUUUUCAUACUGGCCCCCCAUGGGAAUCGAACCCAAAACCCUGGCGUUGCAAACGCCAUGCUCUACCAACUGAGCUACAUCCCUGCCGGCCAUUCCCUCCCCUACCCUGGACGACGCUGGGCCAAUUGUGUGCCGCCGCAUGGGUCUCCCGGUCGCGGCCGGCUAUGACAGAGCCUGGACUCGAACCAGGAUCUCUAGUGGCACAGCUAGCACUGCGAUGCAGCGCCUUAGACCACUGCGCCACUCGCACUCGGGAGGCGGAAUAGAAUGGGCUCCCUCACAUUAAUAAAGAAUGGUACCAACACAUCCUCUGAGAGCAACUUCUCCCAACCAUCCAAGCAACAGUUUGGUGACGACCAAUGUCUUUUCCAGCAUGAUGGAGCACCUUGCCAUAAGGCAAAAGUGAUAACUAAGUGGCUCGGGGAACAAAACAUCGAAAUGUUGGGUCCAUGGCCAGGAAACUCCCCAGACCUUAAUCCCAUUGAGAACUUGUGGUCGAUCCUCAAGAGGCAGGUGGACAAACAAAAACCCACAAAUUCUGACAAACUCCAAGCAUUGAUCAUGCAAGAAUGGGCUGCCAUCAACCAGGAUGUGGCCCAGAAGUUAAUUGACAGCAUGCCAGGGCGGAUUGCAGAGGUCUUGAAAAAGAAGGGUCAACACUGCAAAUACUGACUCUUUGCAUAAACUUAAUGUAAUUGUCAAUAAAAGCCUUUGACACUUAUGGAAUGCUUGUAAUUAUACUUCAGUAUACCAUAGUAACAUCUGACAAAAAUAUCUACAAACACUAAAGCAGCAAACUUUGUGAAGACCAAUACUUGUGUCAUUCUCAAAACUUUUGACCACGACUGUACAUAUAAUAACUUUAAACAAUAUAAAUAACUUAAAUAUAAAACAAUUACAAACAAACUAAAAUACUGGAACCAGGAGUGAUUGAGUUUGCGUUGACGCUUUCACGCCAUUAGAAUACAUAGAGGUUGUUAAAGAUGAAAAUACCCCACAGGAAGCCAGGUCCUCUCGGUUCCUGAACAAUUUCCAGUUGCCCACUGAUGAUGUCACUCAACACCAGUGAGAGUGAUGCUUCUCUCUGAUGGAAGGAGAACCAGUGAGUUACUUCCUGGUAGGUUCAAGUCAGCUGUCUCUCUGUGAGUCUGGGGUCAUGGUGAAUGGGAGCUGGUCUCAGCUGAAGGACUCUUUGUUGAACUCAAAAGUGGUUCCUGAGUAGUGGUCUGAGUUACACAGUCUGUGCAGAGUCCUGGAGAUGCCUUUAGAUCCACAGCAGAACACCCACACCCACUGAUUGAGGAAAGCACACACAACACAGAUGCAACAUCAACACAAACAUGAUUUUCUUUAACAUGAAUUAUCCCAAAAAUUAUCUAAUCAGAAGAUUUCUUUAAACAUUUUACUCACUGCUUAUUGGUCUUCCCUAUCUCCUCAAAGAGCAACCUCCACCUCGGUCGGCCAAUCAGCAGCCGGGAACUCAGAGGGCGGUACCUCUCCUCAGAGAUGUUCUGGACAGGAAACAAAACUAAUUCUAAUGAUCUUCAUAGUGUGAUUACAGCUCCAGGUAGAAGUGACCCUUUACCACAUAUCUAGGAUCAGAUUACCCUAGCCCCAGAUCUAGGAUCAGAUUACCCUAGCCCCAUAUUUAGGAUCAGAUUACCCUAGCCAAAAUUCUAGGAUCAGAUUACCCUAGCCCCAAAAUCUAGGAUCAAAUUACCCUAGGCCCAGAUUUAGGAUCAAAUUACCCUAGCCCCAAAAUCUAGGACCAGAUUACCCUAGCCCCAAAAUCUAGGAUCAGAUUACCCUAGCCCCAAAAUCUAGGAUCAGAUUACCCUAGCCCCAAAAUCUAGGAUCAGAUUACCCUAGCCUCAAAAUCUAGGAUCAGAUUACCCUAGCCCCAAAAUCUAGGAUCAGAUUACCCUAGCCCCAAACCAAGGGGUUUUAGGUGGGUGAAAACAUAUCUGACCCUGCAUCAGGGGUUAGGGGAAACGUGUACCUACUGUAUGAGUCUUACAGGAAAAAUAUUAUCAACUCUACAACAUGAACUGGUUUGCAUGAUAUUAAAUGGCUGGACAAGUCCACCUUCAUGUCUGCCUCUGAACUGCUUUUGAUCUGGUGGACUCACUAAACACACAUGCUUUGUUUGUAAAGUUAUGUCUGAGUGUUGGAGUGUGCCACUAGUUAUCCAUUUAAAAAAUAAUGCCGUCUGGUUUGCUUAGUAUUUACUUUUACUUCUGAAACUUAAGUAUAUUUUAGCAAUUACAUUUACUUUUGAUACUUAAGCAUAUUUAAAACCAAAUACUUUUAUACUUUUACUCAAGUAGUAUUUUACUGGGUGACUUUCACUUUUACUUUAGUCAUUUUCUAUUAAGGUAGCUUUACUUUAACUCAAUUGGGAACUUUUUCCACCUCUACUCUGAACCGUGAGCCCUGAACAAGAUCAAAUAAAAUAUGUAUGAUUCCCUUUCCACACCGUGUCUGCUAGCUGGAGGCAGAGUGAAAUUAAAAAGGACUGCAGCAAUAAAACACCUUCUGAAAGACUCUGUGAAAGCACUGCUUUGUGUAGAAGGAAGGUUUAACGGCCAGAGGGGCUGAAUAAAGAAAAUAGUCCACUACACAGUGCACACACACACAAAUGAUACACACACACACACACACACACACACACACACACAAAUGAUGUACACCACACACACACACACACACACACACACAAAUGAUGCACACACACACACACACACACACACACACACACACACACACACACACACACACUAAAAGGCACUGCAUGGUGAAUCUGACAUCUGCAUUGGCCGUGCAGCAUUUACGGUGAUACGGCCUCUGCAGAAGUCAGGGCAUUCAUACAUCUUGCGCUUUGUGGAGCAGCGCUGAGCUGUUGUGAAGGAAGUUGGCAAGGAAGUGAGUUUGUGUUUAUACAGGACCUCCGCCCUCACCUACAGUCAACCAAUCAUGUCAAUUGGGAGAUAUACAGAGCCCUCCGCAUUGUUACAAAAUUCGAGAGGCGCACGGCGAUGCGGUAUGGAGCUUGAUUUGGCCUCUACAUCCUCCGGAGGCUCCGCAAUUGCGUCUCACCCUCCAUACGAAGCCACCGACCACAUUUUCAGAUCAAGCAUAAAUUGGCUUUAUCACCCACAACACAACCCCAGUGGAGUGUAUUCAAGGAUGCCAAGGGAAGCCAGGCUUCCCAAAAAAAUGGACACAAAAAUCUAUAAAUAAACAUUAAAUAAUGUAUCUUUCGUCCUCUGUGUUUCAUAAUGUUCCUUCAAUUCACAAGAGGAUGAAUGUAUCUCUCCGGAGAAAGCAUCAUAGCGAAUGAAACAGCGCCCCUCUGUCUCUGUAUGUAUAGCCCAUCUAUCUGAUGCUGUCUGGUCAAAAAGAGCAAUUCCUGUUUUCUUUUGCGACUUGCGGUAACUCACUGUGGUUCUAAACCAAUAGUUGUUUAGUAGUCCGAAAAUGUCGGAAACAUUAACUUGCUUGGCCAUGCUGUAGGUCAUGUAACGGUUUGUUACAUGCAAUAUGUUUCUUAACUUCACCCGGACAGAUGUUGCUCUCCAGUUUUGUGAUGAAACAAAGGUGUGGUUGAAUUUCCCCGGUGAUUUUACUCACGCACCCCUACUGCACAACCCUGACUUCUAAGACAGGAAGUGUCAGUUCACUUGCUCUCUCUCUUUUCAAAAUAUAUCCCUUUGUACAAUCCUUUCAGCUCCGCCAGAGAAAAUGGCAUUGAGGGAAAGAAAGAUUGAACGGAACACAGUUAAAGAGAGGGAGAGAUCGGAAAGAGAGUGUUCUCCGGCAGUGCUGUAGAACGGAGAAAUAGAAAGAUUGAAAUAAGACAUUCCACCUCCAUGAAGGUAGCAGUGAACUAUGGUUACAGUGAAGGUUUACAUGCUUCACUCUCUCUCUCUCUCUAUCCAUAUAUAUUUUUUCUCUUCACCAAUCUGUGGUGUACCCUGCCUUCUACUGGCUGGCUGGCUGGCUGGCUGGCUGAAUGGAUGGAGUGAGUGACAACUGACGGUGUGUUUGAGUGUCCCACCUGAAAUCCAUCUGUCUGGCUGACAAAGAGCUGCAGAUUCAGAUAAUCAGGUAUGUUUUCCUGUUUACAGCUAGAGAGAGAGAGAGAGAGAGAGAGGGGGGGGGGGGGGGGGAAGGGCCUUCUCUGCCAUCAAAAGGAACAUAAAAUUUGACAUACCAAUUAGGAUCUGGCUAAAAACACUUGAAUCAGUUAUAGAACCCAUUGCCCUUUAUGGUUGUGAGGUCUGGGGUCCGCUCACCAACCAAGAAUUCACAAAUUGGUACAAACACCAAAUUGAGACUCUGCAUGCAGAAUUCUGCAAAAACAUCCUCCGUGUACAACGUAAAACACCAAAUAAUGCAUGCAGAGCAGAAUCAGGCCAAAAGCCGCUAAUUAUCAAAAUCCAGAAAAGAGCCGUUAAAUUCUAUAACCACUUAAAAGGAAUUGAUUCCCAAACCUUCCAUAACAAAGCCAUCACCUACAGAGAGAUGAACUUGGAGAAGAGUCCCCUAAGUAAGCUGGUCCUGGGGCUCUGUUCACAAACACAAACAGACCCCACAGAGCCCCAGGACAACAACAACAACAACACAAUUAGACCCAACCAAAUCAUGAGAAAACAAAAAGAGAAUUACUUGACACAUUGGAAAGAAUUAACAAAAAAACAGAGCAAACUAGAACGCUAUUUGGCCCUAAACAGAGAGUACACAGUGGCAGAAUACCUGACCAAUGUGACUGACCCAAACUUAAGGAAAGCUUUGACUAGGCAGACCUGGCUCUCAAGAGAAGACAGGCUAUGUGCACACUGCCCACAAAAUGAGGUGGAAACUGAGCUGCACUUCCUAACCUCCUGCCAAAUGUAUGACCAUAUUAGAGACACAUAUUUCCCUCAGAUUACAGCGAUCCACAAAGAAUUCAAAAACAAACCCAAUUUUGAUAAACUCCCUUAUCUACUGGGUGAAAAUCCACAGUGUGCCAUCACAGCUGCAAGAUUUGUGACCUGUUGCCACAAGAAAAGGGCAACCAGUGAAGAACAAACACCAUUGUAAAUACAACCCAUAUUUAUGUUGAUUUAUUUUCCCAUUUGUACUUUAACUAUUUGCACAUUGUUACAACACUGUAUAUAUACAUAAUAUGACAUUUGAAAUGUCCUUAUUCUUUUGAAACUUCUGAGUGUAAUGUUUACUGUUAAUAUUUAUUGUUUAUUUCACUUUUUGGUUUUUUUUCCCCCCCUUUUUUUUAAAAAUUUUUUUUAAAACCCCCUUUUUUUUUUAAUUGGGAAAAAAAUUAAAAAAUUAAAAUUUUUUAAAAAAGGGGGGGGGGGGUUUUUUUUUUGGGGGGGGGGGGGGGGGGGGGGGGGGUUUUUUUUUGUUUUUUUUUUUCCCCCCCAAAAAAAUUUUUUUUUUUUUUCUCCCUUUUCCCCUCCUUUUCCCCCCCUUUUUUUUUCUUUUUUUUCCCCCCCCCCUUUUUCUCCCCCUCUUCCCCCUUUUUCCCCUCUCCCUUUUUUUUCUCCUUUUUUCCCCUUUUUUUCUCUCCUUUUCUCUCCCCCUUUUUUUUUUCCCCCCCCUUUUCCCCCCGGGGCCCCCCCCUCCCCUCUUUUUUUUUCCCCCCCCCCCUUUUUUUUUUUUUUUUCCCCCCAAAAAAAAAAUUUUUUUUUUUUCGGGGGUUUUUUUUUUUUUUUCCCCCCCUUUUUUCCUUUUUCCUUUUUUCCUUUCCCCCCCCCCCCCCCCCUUUUUUUCCUUUUUUUUCCCCCUUUUUUUUUCCCCCUUUUUUUUCCCUUUUUAAAUUUUUUUUAAAAAAAUUUUUUUAAAAAAAAAAAGGGGGGAUUUUUUUUGGGGGGGGAAAGGGAAAAUUUUUGGGGGGUUUUUUUUUUUUGGGGGGGGUUUUUUCCCCCCCCCCAAAAAAAAUUUUUUUUGGCUUUUGGGGGGAAAUUUCCCUUUUUUAAAAUUUUUUUUUGGCCGGGUUUCCCCGGGCCCCCCGGGGGGGGGGGUUUUUGGGGGGUUUUUUUUCCCCCUUCCCCCGGGUUUUUUUUUUUUUCUUUUUUUUUUUUGGCCCCUUUUUUUUUUUUGGGUUUUUUUUUUUUUUGGGUUUUUUUUUGGGUUUUUUUUUUUUGGGGUUUUUGGGGGGGUUUUUUUUGGGGGGGGUUUUUAAAAAUUUUUUUUUUUUUUUUGGGGGGUUUUUUUUGGGGGGGGGGCCCGGGCCCUUUUUUUUUUUUUCCCCCAAAUUUUUUUUUUCCUUUUUUCCCCCUUUUUUUUUCCCCCCCCCCCCCCUUCCCCCCCCUUCCCCCUUCCCUUUUUUUCCCCCCCCCCCCCUUUUUUUUUUUCCCCCCCCCCCCCCCCCGGGGCCCCUUCCCCCCCCCCCGUCCCCCAACCCCCCCCCCCCUUUUUUCCCCCCCCCCCCCCCCCCCUUUUUUUUCCCCCCCCCCGGGUUCCCAACCCGGGCCCCCGGGCCCCCUUUUUCCCCCCCCCCCCUUUUUUUUCCCUUUUUUCCCCCCCCGGGGGGGGCCCCCCCCUUUCCCCCCGGGGGCCCCCCCCUUGGGCCCCCAAAAACCCCCCCCUUUUUAAGGGGCCCCCUUUUGGGGGGUUUUUGGGGCCCCCCCAAAAAAAAAACCCGGGGGAAAUUUUUUUUAAAAAAAAAGGGGGGGGGGGGUUUUUCCCCCCGGGGGGGGUUUUUUUAAAAAAUUUUUUAAAAAAUUUUUUUUUUUUUAAAAAAAAAAAGGGGGGGUUUUUUUUAAAAAAUUUUUUUAAAAAAGGGGGAAAAAAAAAUUUUUUAAAAUUUUUUGGGGUUUUUUUUUCCCCCCCCCGGGUUUAAAACCCCCAACCCGGGGUUUCCCCCGGGGGGGGGCCGUUUUUUUUUUUUCCCUUUUUUUUUUUUUUUUUAAAAAAAAAGGGCCCUUUUUCCUUUUUUUUUUUGGGGGGGGGCCCCCCCUUUUUUUUUUUGGGGGGCCGGUUUUAAAAAAAACCCGGGGGAAAAAAGGGGAAAAAAAAUUUUGGGGGCCAAAAAGGGGGGGGGGUUCCCCCCCGGGGGGGAAAAGGGGGGGGGGGGUUUUAAUUUUUUUUGGGGGGCCCCCCCCCCCCCCUUUUUUUUUUUUUUUUUUUUUUCCCUUUUAAACCCCCUUUUCCCAAAAAAACCCCUUUUUUUUUUAAAAAAAAAAAUAAAAAAUUUUUUUUUAAAACUUUUUUAAAAUUUUUUUUCCCCCCAAAAACCCCAAAACCCCCGGGGGGGGGGAAAAGGGGGCCCCAUUUUUUUUUAAAAGGGGGUUUUUGGGGGCCCCUUUUUUUUUCCCUGGGGGUUUUUUUGGGGGGGUUUUUUUUUUUUUUUUGGGGAAAAAAUUUUUAAAACCCCCCAAAAAAAAAAAUUUUUUUUUUUUUUUUUGGGGGGGGCCCCCCUUUUUUUCCCUUUUUUAUUUUUUUAAAUUUUUUUUUUAAAAAAAAAAAAUUUUUUUUCCCCCCGGGGGGGGAAAAAUUUUUCCCCCCUGGUUUUAAAAAAAAAAAAUUUUUUUUUUUUAAAAAAAAAAACCCUUUUAAAAAAAAAAAAAUUUUUUUUUCCCCCCCCCCCCCCCUUUUUUUUUUUAAAAAAAACCCCCUUUUUCCCCCCCCUUUACCUUUUUAAAACCCCCCCCCCCCCCUUUUUUAAAAAUUUUUUUAAGGGGCCUUUUUAAAAAAAAAAUUAAAACCCAAAAAUUUUUAAAAAAAAAAAAUUUCCCCCUUUUUUCCCCCCCCUUUAAAAAAAAACCCCCCGGGUCCUGCCUCUGAAGCUCCACAGCAGCUAAGAGGCGUUCCUGCUCGGGAGAGCCCAGCAGGUUUUUAAACAGUACACACACAGCACACAAGGAAAAAGAAGGACCCCAGCCUCGGGCCUCAGGGCAGCAGGUGCCAUACAGCCUCUCUACCCCAGCCCUCGGGCCUCAGGGCAGCAGGUGCCAUACAGCCUCUCUACCCCAGCCCUCGGGCCUCAGGGCAGCAGGUGCCAUACAGCCUCUCUACCCCAGCCCUCGGGCCUCAGGGCAGCAGGUGCCAUACAGCCUCUCUACCCCAGCCCUCGGGCCUCAGGGCAGCAGGUGCCAUACAGCCUCUCUACCCCAGCCCUCGGGCCUCAGGGCAGCAGGUGCCAUACAGCCUCUCUACCCCAGCCCUCGGGCCUCAGGGCAGCAGGUGCCAUACAGCCUCUCCACCCCAGCCCUCGGGCCUCAGGGCAGCAGGUGCCAUACAGCCUCUCUACCCCCAGCCUCGGGCCUCAGGGCAGCAGGUGCCAUACAGCCUCUCUACCCCAGCCCUCGGGCCUCAGGGCAGCAGGUGCCAUACAGCCUCUCCACCCCAGCCCUCGGGCCUCAGGGCAGCAGGUGCCAUACAGCCUCUCUACCCCAGCCUCGGGCCUCAGGGCAGCAG